GAGGUACUUUCAAACUGGCGAGGCGGCCUGCUCGGCAUGGCCCGGCUGCUCCCGCCGGGCCCGGGCCGCCUCAGGGCCGCGGGGCGCGGGGGCGGCCGGGGAGCUCGCAGGCCACCAGCAGCCGCCGCCGCCGCAGCCCGCGGCCAGGCCCGGCCCGCCGCUCGCCGCUCCCCAUCGGGCGGCCCCGCUGGCAGCGAGGGGACGGCGCCCCGAGGCCUUCACCGCCGCCGCGCCGGGAGGCCCCGCGGUGGGGUCGGGUGUAGGGGGUCGCCGCCCGCCCGGGGCCGCCCCCGCCCCGGCGAGGCGAGGCGCACACAAAGGGCGGCGGCGGCGGUCGGGCCGCUCACCUACGGCGGGAGGAGGCCUCGCCGGCGGCAGGGCCGCGGCCUGCGCGCUGCGCCCGAGCCCCGCGCUGGCGUGGAGGCGGGAGCCGGGAGGGAGGAGGGGAGGGAGGGAAGGGAGCGAGCGGCGGGCGGGAGCGCGGCGGAGGGAGCGGAGCGGGCCGGGCCGGGGCGGCCGCGGCGGCGGCGGCGGAGGAGGCGGGGCGGGCGCGGCGGGUGCUGCCCCCUGCCGGGCCGCGCCGGCAACUGCGCGGCCGCCGCCGGCGGGGAGCGGGCUGUGGCGGCGGGCGCCGCGGCCAUGAGCGCCGCGCUGGUGGGGUACAGCAGCUCCGAGGAGGAGCAGGAGCAGGAAGGGGGGAGCCGGGGCGGCGGCGCGCAGGGGCCCCCCGGGGCCAGCGCCGGCCGCCCCCGCCUGCCCGUGCCCGCCGGCCUGCCGGGAGACCCGGACCCGGAGGAGGCCGUGAGCGAUGACAGCUCCCGGCACGGCGGCCGCGUGCGCGGCUUCCCCCACGAGCGGGGCAACUGGGCCACGCACGUCUACCUGCCCUACUUUGCCCAGGAGGAGUUCCUGGAGCUGCUGGAGCUGCUGGUGUCCCGCGCCCGCACCUACGUCCCGUCGCUGGCUGCCAUGGAGGAGUUCCACCUGAGCCUCUCGCAGUGCGUGGUGCUGCGCUACCACUGGAUAGAGCCCUUCGUUCGCUCCCUCCGGGAGCGCCUGGCCGCCUUCCACAGGUUCUUCUGUGUGGCUGACCAAGUGAAGGUUUACACCAACCAGAACAAAACCAGGACCUUUAUUGGCUUGGAGGUCUCUGCUGGGCAUUUCCAGCUGCUGGAGCUGGUCUCGGAGGUGGAUGGCAUUCUAGAGGAAUUUGACCUUCCCACAUUUUACAAGGACCCAUCGUUCCACAUCAGCUUGGCCUGGUGCGUCGGGGACCUGUCCGGCAAGCUGGAAGGGCAGUGUCUGCGGGAGCUCCAGGACAUUGUGGAUGGGUUUGAGGAGUCAGCGUUCCUGCUGCGUAUCCAAUGGGAGCAGAUCCGCUGCAAGUCAGGGAACAAGUACUUCUCCUUCCCCUUGAGGUAGGGGCGGGUGGGGCUGUGCCUUUUGGAGCCUCAAAGAUCCUGACUCUGGAACAAGGGCUGCAGUCUGGCACAGCUCCGUGUGGCGUGGGCUGUCACGCACCUCUGCGCCCUUCUUGCCUGCUCAGCGUCUCUGAGGCGUUUGUGGCCUCGAGUCGGACCACUUCCACUUUGAGCUGCUGGCUGAAGAAAAGUGUGUUUGUAGCAGAUUUCAUCCUUACUGCUGGAUGUGCUGCAGUCAGCACUGGCGGUUCCAGACAUCCCACGGUCACUAAUUUCGCUGAUUGUUUUAAAAAAAGGAAAAAAAUUCUUCAAAGCCAUAGAUGCCUUAUGGGAAGGAGGAAGAAGGCAGCGUGGGAAGCUGCUACUAAAGGGAGAGUGUCUCACACAGUAGGAAGUAGCACUGCCAGAUUGUUGGGAGGCUCUGGGCAUGUUUUGAGUAGCAAGAGGGAAGGACACGGAGCUGGAUCCUCUUCCCUGAGUGUUUUCCUACUGUAUGCCAGCUCGGACAAGCUCCUGAGUCAUGCUGUGUCCCUCUCACACUGCUGCUGUCUGUGUAGAGACAUUUCAGUGUCUGAUCCUUUUGCCAAACAACAAGAGCUUGCUGCCAGGUGUGGGUGAGCCCUGGAAUGGACAGUGUCAGUGUUUGCCUGAGUUAGGAGGGCAGUGCCCACAGGUGAGUCAAGGGGUGGUGGCUCCUGCCAGGCUCCACACUUUUUCCCUGCGUGAUCCUCACCCCACGUGGAUGAUGCCCCAGGGGAUUGCAGGCUGGACACUGUCCCUUGGGAGAAACUCCUUUUUAUCCUUUUGUCCCUGGUUAAUCAGCUGCAACCUCUCAGGUAGUUGGAACAGGAUGCUGAUGUGAUGCCCUGAAUCUUUUGUUCUAUGUCUGUCCAGGACUUCUGAACAGUAAAAAUCUGUUUCCUCGUGUCAUAAAA